AGGAUCGACCCCAGCCCAGCGCCUGCUGCGGUGUCUCUAGCCUGAGUGUCUGAGAGAGACAAUGGGGCCAGCACCUGGGUCAACUGAGAGUGACGUGCUGCUGCAGGAGAAUGCUAAUGGCAGUGGACACCUGCAGACUGCAGGGGAGCCAGAACCUCGUCGUAACGGCAAGAAAAGUCAAACCUGUCCAGUUGUGGUUGCACUGAUAGUUGUAUCGUCUGCUUUGAUCGCUGCCAUCAUUGCUCUGGCAGUGCUGGCAUCUAAGCUUUCAUCAGCUGCUCUGUGCCCCCCUGCUGGCCCUGCAUGCCCGGACGGCUGGAUCGGGUACCGAGGGAAAUGCUACUAUUUCUCAGAGGCCGAAGGGAACUGGACCUACGUACAGCGCCACUGCUCCUCCUUUGGUGCCUCCCUGGCUGGGAUCGACAAUGAGCAGGAAAUGGCGUUCCUGCUGCGCCAUAAGGGUGUCCGUGACCACUGGAUCGGCCUCCGGAGGGAGCAGGAGCAGCCCUGGAAAUGGACCAACGGCACCGAAUUCAACGGCCUGUUUGUGAUCAGAGGAGGAGGUGACUGCGCGUAUCUGAAUGAUGAGAAAGGGGUCAGCAGCUCACGGUGCUACAUGGGAAGACGAUGGAUCUGUAGCAAACCUGAGGUGUAUGUGAUGGGAAAAGGGACUGCACUGGAAGGGAGCUCAAAAUAAGUCUCCUAGAAAUGACACUGAUACAACUCACACCUACAGUACUUGAA